CUGACCACAACACCGAUGGCCAAAUCGAAGAAACCGCUCAAGGCCGCGCUGCAGUCCCAGCAGUCGCGUCUUAGGCUGAAGGAGAAGGAGAAGGCAGCUGCACUGUCUGCGGAGCUGGUAUCGAAGAAGAAUGGGAAGGGAAAGGGCAAGGAAAUCGCGAAGGACACGACCAGCCGUCCGACCAUUCCAUUUCUUGAGACGGACAGGAUACUCUUGAUUGGGGAAGGCAACUUCUCGUUUGCGCUUGCGCUUGUGCGCAACCCACCGGCAAUUGCGCCAGAGCUGCAACAUCUGCCAUCCAAAAAUGUCACCGCAACUGCAUACGACACGGAGGAAGAGUGCUACGAGAAAUACCCCGAGGCUGUCGAAAUCGUCGCACAGCUCAGAGAGUCCGGCGCGGAGGUGCUUUUUGCUGUAGACGCGACACAGCUGAACAAAGUCGGCGCGUUCAAAGGGAGGAGAUGGGACAAAAUCGUGUGGAACUUCCCUCACGCGGGAAAAGGGAUUGCAGACCAAGAUCGAAAUAUCCUCUCGAAUCAGUUACUCAUACUCAGCUUUCUGCGCUCCGCCUCAGGCUUCUUAGUACAAGGUCCAAUACCUGCAGUCAAUACCUCAAGGAAGCGUAAAACUGCAUCUGAAGAAGACGAGGACGACGAAGUUCAAAGUUCAGCAAUGGAGGCACCACCUGUUACCUCGACAGAACGCGGAAGAGUGUUGAUUACAUUGCGCAACGUUGUUCCAUAUACCCAGUGGGACGUCCCACGACUGGCAAAAAAACCCACCUGCCCCAACAUCAAGUAG